AUGGCGACCUGAUGGGGACUCUGCGGUGCCGGGAAGAUCACUCACAACUUCAACGUGCCUCUGAGGACACAUCCACCUCAGGAUCAGCGGGUUUACAAAACCAAAAGCUGGCUGCAUCCUGACUCACCUUACGCGGCCUCUCAUUUGUCUCGCAUCGAGGAAGUCCUUGAGGUAGCUUACGAAGAGCUGGCCAACGACCCAAAAGUUGGUGAGUGUUGCAAAAGGGAAACCGUUUUUGACUUCGACCUCCUCUUCCUCAACGCAGGCAAGAACAGUCUGUGUGAGGAACCCUUUGCAAUGAACUUUGGUCAGGUCAAAGACCUUGUGAACGCCGCCAGGAAAAACAAGGUCUUUUUGAUGGCAGUCGGUGGGCCAAGGGUGAUUGUGGGAACAUUAUCGACUGCUCAUCAUUCAUGUUUACACACGUUGGGCUAUUUCAUUGGCAUGACGUGUUUAGGAUUGUCAUUUGUCUGGAGUUCACUCUCGUCAAGACCUACUUUGGCGCCUCCGGAUCAACAUUCCAUGCUCAGUGGAGGCGCCCUGCUGGACAUCGGCAUGUACUGCAUGCGGUUUGUCCCGAUGAUGCUCAACGGUGAGAGGCUGGAAUCUAUCCAGGCCGCGGGGGUGUUGCUCGACUCAGGUAUGAGUCAACAAUUUGGGAUUAGUGUCAUUAACCACCUACUAUAUGACUCCGCUUCAUCAAAUCUUACAGAGAGCCCACGGAUGCCUCUGGCUGACUCCAUUUUACUGACAGAAAUCACGGAUGAAAUCUGGAACCAGGUGGGCGUCGUCUUCAGCCAGGACAGCCAAUGACUUUGCUUGGAUUGCUGUCGGCUUUACCUGAUUUGAACCCACCAAAACUGUAACGGUGGAGGAGAAAGCUCCAUUGCAUCUUUGCUACAAAUUACUCACUUCCACUCUAUGAAGAUACACA